CGACGACUUGAAGAGUUUGUUCUGUGGCAUCAGUUGCUGGUAGAUGCAAAGGAACUGGAAAAUGUUUAUCCCCGUUCAGAGCCAUCUGUUCUUGUUGAAGUGAUGAGGCUCUACGGCGAUACAAUUGGUGGAAUUCUGGAAGAUCGAGUGAACACCGAUCAGUUGAUCGAAAAAUGUGUUCUGGAUGCCUUUGGAAAAAUUGUGGAUGAUGAAAAAGCGCUGUCAAAAGCGAAAGAGAAGCUGAGUCGCACAGUUGUUGAUGUUGAAGUGUGUCGAAAGCGAAAACAAGGAAAUCAUGAUGAGCUGAAAGCCCAGGAGAUCCAGGAUGAAUACGAUGCACUGCAGCUCAAAUUAGAAAAUUAUAAGGAUGGUAUUUUUACGGAUAUUUUUACAUUGCUAUCAAAAGAAACCGAAAUAGCGAGUAUUUUCAAAGAACUGAUCAGCGCUCAAAUGGAACAUUAUCGGGCAACACUGUACAAACUCGAAAAUAUCAUGCCCGAAAUUGACAGGAAAAUUGCCUCGUAUCCGAAACGACCCGUCUUCGGAUGCCACUUGGCAGAUCAUCUACGGUAUUCCAAUCGUUCAAUAGCGCUGGUGCUUGAAGUUUGUUGCUCAAUCCUGAAAUCGCAAGGUUUCCAGGAAAAGGUUUUCUUAUUUUUAUUUUAUCCAUGA